AUGGACACGUGCCGCUUGACCGGGGUCAUACACACACAACCUGUUAUCGCCGAUAAAAGGUCACAGUUCCCUCAGUUUGGCGACAAUCGGUUUGUGUCUCAUGAGGAUGGAUUUUGGACUCGAUUGAUUUUCAAUGUAGACUAUCAGUUCGCUUGCACAAGCGGUCGGAAAAGUCCGGAAACAGCUGGGCCCAGAGGAUGCUUGGUCAGAACGAGUACGGUACUCAUCAUCAACAUCAACAGUAUGAUGUCAGGGUUCAAGACUGAUGCUUCACUGCCGUACAACCAUGAUUUAUUUGAAAACCCUAUUGUGAAGAAGAGAAUAAAACUGGACGGCGAAGGGACUUAG